AUGCGUGAAUUUGACAUGACUGACCUUGGGAAGAUGAGAUUUUUUCUUGGUAUUGAGGUGAUGCAAAGGGCGGAUGGAAUAUUUAUUAAUCAAAAGAAGUAUGCACUGGAGGUAUUGAAGAGGUUUGAAAUGGACAGAAGCAAGCCAGUCCAUAAUCCCAUUGUUCCUGGUUAUAAGUUUUCAGAAGAUGAAGAUGGAGUGAAGGUUGACAUCACCUUUUAUAAACAAGUUGUGGGAAGUUUAAUGUAUUUAACUACUACUCGGCCAUAUGUGAUGUUUGCAGUGAAUCUUAUCAGUUGGUACAUGACAAAUCCUUCUGAGCUUCACUUGCAGGCUGCUAAAAGGGUCUUAAGGUAUUUGAAAGUAACUGCAGACUAUGGUGUGUUUUACAAAAAUGGAGAAGAAGAGUAA